AUGCCGGGAGGCCCAGCAGCAAAGCGAGGGGGCCCCAGGGGGGGCCGGGGUGGCCGCAGCAGCCGCGGCGGCCGCGGCAGCAGGCCGCAGCGGGGCUGCCGCGUGGUGCCAUCUUUUGAAGAAGUGAUGGCUCGAAACGUUUCCAGCAGCAACACGCAGGUGGAGGAACAGUCUGAGGAGGAGACGGAGGGGCAGCAGCAGCAGCAGCAGCAGCAGCAGCAGCAGACUCGCAGGGGACCAGUGGUCCCCCUUGACAGCGACGUGAGUCCGACACCCCGUUGGCUGCCAACAGUCGCAGCACAAGUAGCAGCUGGAACAUCAGCAGCAGCAACGCCAGCAGUAGCAACAAGAAUAACACCAGCAGCAAUAGCAGCAGCAACAGCAACGGCAGCAGCAGCAGCAACCGCACGAACAUCUACGGCUAAGAAGACGACCCUCUGGUGGGCGCCGGCAACCCCAACAGAAACAGAGGCUCCAGUCUUUCCCCCGAGCCUUCCAGGCGCGAAAAAGAGGCGCAGGAGAAGGCGAAGCAAGCAGCACUUUUGCAAAAACUGCAGGCUGAAGGGAAGACGAGCCAAUCCAAAGCGGAUCUCGAGAGCGCAGCAGAGGCGGGGGCUGGCGGGCAGUGGGCAGCAGCAGCUCCUGCAGCAGCAGCAGCAGCAACAGCAGCUGCAGCUGCUGCUGCUGCUGCUGCUGCUACUGGGUGCCCAGCUUGAGGACAACUUCCUUGAGGUGGCCCUCGAGAGCAGAAGCUCUUUCGGAAAGAGAAGUGCGGCCCGCGUGGGAGCCGCCGCCGUCUUCUGCUGCUGCAGUUUGCUGCUGCUUCGAAAUGCUGCGGCGGCUGCGGCUUCUGUGCAGCUUCUGGUCCUGCACGACCAGGGCGUGCAGCAGCUGCUUCAGGAAGUCGUCUUUGUCGUAAAUACCUGCGCAGCCUCACCCCUGCAGCAUCAAAAAGCCCCCUUGCAGCAGCAGCAAGAAGCCCCCUUGCAGCAGCAGCAGCACAAAGCUCCUUUGCAGCAGCAGCACAAAGUCCCUUUGCAGCAGCAGCACAAAGCCCUCUUGCAGGAACAGAAAGCUCCGCUGCAGCAGCAGCAUAAAGCCCCCGUGCAGCAGCAGCAGAAAGCCCCGUUUCAGCAGCAGAAGGCCCCGCUGCAGCAGCAGGUAGUAAACAGCAGCCCAAGUGCUGCAGAGGCGCUGGUCAACGAAGGCCUGGAGCUCUGCAGCAAGCUCGUCAGCUUGGGGGUCAGCAGCAGCAGCAGCAGCAGCAGCAGAGGCGUCCGCCUUGGUCAGCAGCAGACACACCACGCAGUUCGGCUCUUGCUGCCGACACUCCGCAACUGUGGGGCCCGUCAGCCACUUUGCUGCUGCUGCUGCGCAGCUCGGAGACUGCCCAUCAACGCACACCACCAGAGCCCUCGUGCCUUUCCAGAAAUGUUCCCCCGCGGGGUUGCUUCCGAACUGCAGCAGCACGCCCAGCAGCACACACGCAGCUGCAGCUGCAGCAGCAGCAGCAGCAGCAGCAGCGGCAGCAGCAGCAGCAGCUAA